UUGUCGAAUUGCUGCAUUAGAGAUUAUAUUAUAGAUGGUUAAUAAAAGACUUGAAAAGCACUUUGAACUUUCAUUGACGGUUCAUAAGAAUUUCUCCAUACAAACUGGAAAGUAUCCGUUUCCUCAAAUUUAGUACAAACUAUUUCACAAAACCUCAGCCAAUUAUGAUGAGAAUAUGUGUAAUAAAGAAAGCGUUAUAAAAAUUUCAAGUAACAAAGAAGCAGAAACAAAUAAUAACUUACCAUAUCUCCAAAGGAGCCGGCUUGCGGAGCCAUAUUAAUCAAGACAUUUUUGCUUAUUUCAGUCUUUACUAUUGCCCUCUCAAGCACUUAGCUUAUGUUUGGCACCUUGUAUAAUAAAGAAGACAUACCAAUAUUUGGAACGAACAACUGAGCAGCUCAAUAUACCCAAUUCUUGAUUGUCAACUUCCGUAUAUUGACCCUAAUGCAGUUGCACUAAAUAUCACUGCCAUGGCCUUUACCAACCAGCCAUAGCAAAUGGUAUAAAUACGCCAUCAAUGGUCAACUUAGAUACCGUCAAAGUUUAAUCGUUGUGGUGUAAACAUCGCGACAAAUCAACAAAAAUGAAAUUCUUCGUCGCCGUCUCCUUCGCCUUAUUGGCUUGCGCUGCUGCAGACGUCUCCCAUCUCGGCGGUGGUUACAAUUAUCCCGCUCCAGUACAUGAAGAAAUUCGAUCGGAACCCAUUGUGCCACAAAACACCUACAUACCACCUCCACCACCACCACCACCGCCAUCCCAGGGCUACAACUACCCAGCUCCAGUGCAUGAGGCUGUGAAAUCGGAACCAAUUAUUCCACAAAACACCUACAUUCCACCGCCUCCUCCACCACCACCACCACCACCACCACAAAACACCUACAUCCCACCAGCUCCUAUUCAUGAAGCAAUCCAAUCCCAGCCUAUUGCACCACCACAAAACACCUACAUCCCACCAGCUCCAAUCCAUGAAGCCAUCCAAUCCCAGCCUAUUGCGCCACCACAAAACACUUACAUCCCACCAGCUCCAAUCCAUGAAGCGGUUCAAUCUCAGCCCAUUGCCCCACCACAGAACACAUAUCUUCCUCCAUCGGGUUACCGCUACAAGACCGUUCGUCGUGUUGUCUACAGACGCCGUUUCUAAUUGAACGCUGAGUUGACGUUUUGUUGAUUAUUAUUAGUUCACUUUGUUAUGAUUUACUAGCUCGAAA